AUGCCGGCCCGCACGUGGUUAGCUGUGUGUCUGACAGCCUCGAUCGGGCGCUUCUACGGCGCGAUCGGGCCGAGGGAUAGUAGUCGUCGAGCUCCGCCGGGGGUGGAGGUUUUGAGGACGGCCCGUUGCGUUUUACCAGCCUACUGUAGUGGCCGGAGCGUCGUUUCCUACUGUAACGUGGCAGUGAACUGCUACCGCCACUUCUACCGGCUGCAGCCCGAGCUGACCAGGAGCAUUUACGACCAGUUCAUCUCCCAGCUGCAGGCCUCCAUCAAGGAGGAGAUUCAGGAGGUGAAGGAGGAAGGGAACCUGGAGGCGCUCUUCAGCUCGUUGGAUAAGAUCGUGGAGGAGGCAAAGGAGCAGGAGGAGCCUGCGUGGCGUCCCAGCGGGAUCCCAGAGGAAGACGUUUGCAGCGCUAUGGUGCCGUACCUCCUGAAACACAGGGCUUACCUCCGGAAAGUCCUAAAGGAGAAGGAGGAAGAGAACAAGAAGCUGGCAGAGUCCGUGCUCGCUGGGAGGGACAGAAUCGCCGAACUGCAGCAGCUGAUACAAGAUCGCAAACAAGCUUGGCAGGCCAUUAGCAAAGAGCAGAGAGAACUCAUCAUGACAUUCAAGGAGCCCCAGUGAGGAAGCAGAGAUUCUGCAAAUGUUUUUUUGCAAAUGGAUUUUGUCGUCUUCUAUCUCUGGAGCCCCAAAAAUGCUUCGGGAAAUGGGGUUCUGCGCAUGGCAUAUAUAAACCAUGCAAACAGCACUGCACGCUUGCGUUCCUCUUGGCAGGCUGAAAGGCGCUGGUACAAGUUCAGUACUGAUUCAGUCCUACUGCACAGUUUGAUCAGAGAUCGUGAAGAAGUAAGAAAAUGCAUCAGGAUCUUUGGAAAUAGAUGACGAUUUCCUAUUCCCCGCUCAGCUCAACAGUGAGGAGGAUCCUACAGACGCGAUAGCCAAAGCAUGUCUGUGCACUAGCAGCUUCUUUAGCACUGUGAUGAGCAUGAUUCUGGCUCUCUAGAGCUGAGUCUGAGACCCUCCAAGGCAUUCCAGAUGCACAUUGCAGAAACCUUGGUGCCUUAUGCAACAAGUAGAGCACAGAUACUAACUGUGCUGCAUGCAGGGUAGAGGAGCCAGGGAGUUGUCAUCGGAGCUGCCUGUAGCGUGUGAAGCACGCGAUUGCUUAAAUGUUACAAUGGUAUUGUGUACAGCUGAGUUGUAAAUAGCCACUUCGGACUCUUUUGCUAUAUUGUCACAGUGUUCAUUUUCAGUAUCUGUUUCUUCAAACAAUUGUCCACCCGUUACCCCUUGGAAAAGACACGUUAGCAGCUGCUCACACCAAGUGCCUCGUUUCCAUAUAUUCUUUUUUUUUCCAGCUAUUCUUUUACAACAGCUCCGCUCCCGGCAGCUACACACAAAGGACACACUGAGAUUGCUCCUCCUAGGACCACAGUCUGAAGGAGCUGGGGCUUUGGGGUCUUUUUUUUUUUGUGUAUGUGUGCGUGUCUGUAGCUGAGCAGGGGUUAAAAAGAGCCCUAACUUGACUUGGUGAAGGGGGUCAGCGAGCCCUUUUCAUUUGUGGGUUCGUGGCAAAGAGAUUCAAUCCCAUUUUUACCCAGCUUGAGUUGUUCUUUACCAGCUCCCCAUUAGAAAUUUGGGGAAGCAGGGACUUAACCCAGCGCCUGCAUGGCAGUGCGUUAGUGAAACCCAGGAAUGGAGAUGUGUCUCUAAAAUGAAGAAAAUGUCCUUCCUUUGGGCGGGGUAGAUGAUGAGGAGAAUCUUACUGUGUUGGGGAAGGGUUAAUCAUGAGCUUAAUAAUUCCAGCAGCUGCCAGGUCUGCCCAGGGCAGCAAGUUCCCUACCUGUCCGGUCACCUGUCUUCCUCCUGGCCUGCUCAGCGCUUUGGCUAUUAAGGAAAGCCGUCCAGAGGAGAGGCUGCCCGGUGUGGUGUUGAAAUACGGAUUCGGAGAACAAAGGUGGCAGUUUCCACUGAGCACAAGCCUCUGUUUCCAAUUAGAGGCAGCCAGAGCAUGUGAUUGACUGACUGAGGCAUAUUUUCCUUUUGUCAUAAACAAGCCUUCCCUUGCUGCAUUAUAAUCUAAAUAAAUGGGGGCUGUUGUUCCCCUGCUCUUG